UAGUUUUACAGUAAUUAUUGAUGUACAAAUUGUAUUUCCCUUCGAUCAUGUGACUACACUUCUCCUUUUAAUAAUAAAUUCCGUAUUGCUAUUUACAUACAACAGAAAUGUUACGAGGAAUGCACAACUAAAGGUACCUGUGAUCACAGAUGCUCGAGAUUGCUGUCUGAUAUAGUUCAAGACAUGUGCAAUUGAAUGUGACUAAUGGUCGCAGAUUUACAGUCAAUGUCAAUUUUUUUGUGUGGGGCGGGCAACGUUAAUAAUGUCGUUCAUAUCAGUUUAUACAAUUACUGGACGUCACUUGAAACGUCAUGAGUUAUUUUUUUAUGACGAGUAUUGCACAUCCUACCAUCUGUUAUUAAGAAUUGCACCUCACGUUGUAAAUAAAGAAUUUAGAGCUACAAGUUGAUUUACACAGGUUGCAAGUGAAUAUCAUGAAACAACAAGUUUUUAAAUUACACAUCUAUAUUAUGCUAGCAUCAUAUGGAAAUGUCUUACUGAUAGUUUGCUGACUGUGGAUCUCUUCUCACCCCAGCAAUGGCCUCUGGUAAAUGUUUUACAGAUUUACCAGAUGAGAUGUUACUGGAGAUUUUCUCAAAUUUGGAUAUUGAAGACCUUGCAAUGUCUGUGCAACAUGUUAAUUUACACUGGAAGGAUGUGUCACAAGAUGAGUCACUAUGGAAGAAUCAGACUUUCAGUCCGCGGUACAAGAUGAGUGAUGAAGAAAUAGCAAAACAUCUUAUGAAUAUGCCAGCACUAAGAGCUUUCAUAUUUAGUCGAGGAACAAAGACAAAAGUCAUCAUUGAUACAAUGUGCAAAUAUUGUAGAGACAUUAGACACAUAGAAUUCAAGUGGUCCCACAGACUGAGCAAUUCUAGACUGCAAGACAUUCUUAAAAAUCAUCCCCACAUAGAGAACCUAAAUAUACCUGUCCCCAAAGAAUCAGAUCAAUUAGAUUUUGCUGGUAUGAUAGGACAAUUUCAAAAUCUCACAACAUUAAGUUUUACUGAUCAGUAUGUUCACACAGUUGCAAAUGGAGUACUCAAAGCAAUUGCUGAAGGAUGUCCAUCUCUAUUACACUUAGAUUUAGGAAAUACUACAUUCCAAGAUCAGGAUGUUAGAUACCUUCUGGAAAGAAAGGGACAACUACUUCUGUCUUUCUCUGUCAGAUGCUACAUAUCAACCUUAGCGCACAGACUCUUAACAGAAUGUAGUAAUCUGGAAUAUCUGUUUUAUGAAAAUUAUAAUGAAGAUUUGCCAAGUACAUACAUACAGUUUCUCUCAAAGCUGUCAAAAUUGCACAAUUUGACAAUUUCAUAUUUUAAACAAGGCCAAACAAAUAUACAGAACAUAUUUAAGAAGCAGUCAUUGUCUAGAUUAAUUAAAUUAAAUAUAUGUUUCUGUGAUGGUUUUGAUGAUGCAGCACUAACUGGUAUUUUGACAAAUUGCCCUCAACUCCAAUUUCUUAUUUUUCGUGGAAAUGAUCUUUCAGAUGCUGGCUUCAAACACAUUGGUACCUGCAAUAAUCUAGAACAUCUUGAUAUUGCUUCUUGUGCUUCAUUAACUGACAAAAGCAUGGAAUAUGUUGGUGCUGGAUGUCCCAACCUGAAGCAUCUUGAUAUUGGAAAUUGCUCUGGGUUUACAAAUAAAAGCAUUGAAUAUGUUUGUACGGGUUGUCAGAAACUGAAGUACCUUGAUAUUCAACAGUGUCCUGAAAUGACAGAUGAAGUAUUGGAAAACAUAUUCAGAAGCAAAGAACUACAGGUUCUUAAUCUAAUGUGGAAUUUGAAUCUAUUAGGAAUUAAUUUUCAUAUGAUUCCUUCACACCUUGUGUGUCUGACUGAACUCCAUGUUGAGGGUUGUUUUUCUAUAGAUGACAAGUGUCUGGACAAACUUCAGGAAGAAAUGCCACACCUGAAAAUUAUAGGAAGUCAUGCAGACAAUGAGGAACCUGAUGUUGACCUAGCAGAUGCAACUUUCUUCAUUUCUCAGUUAUUAUGAAAGUGAUGUAAAAUAUAAUAGGUUUGACAUGGUCUACAAAGAAAGAAAGAAAGAAAGAAAGAAAGAAAAAUAAUGUAACAAAAUAUUCUAUACUGUGAUUAAAAAACCCUUUUUCAUAAUGUGCAUAUGCUGUCUCCACAUUAUUGACAUCCUAAAGUCAUCUGUUUGAAUGCAAUUAUGUUUUUUAUGCAGUAUGUACAUCACUAAUUGGAAAUCACUGACAACAAUUUGGAUCAGUUGUGGAAAAUAUUUUUAUUUCUGUUGCUUAUUGUAACAUAUUUUCAGUAAAAAUGAACAAGACAAGACAGCAAACUUACAGAAGAAAUUAUUGCCUGUUUCUUGGAAAUGCCUCUGCACCUUUUAUAACAUAAAAGGAACUUCAUUUUGUGGUAUAUAAACAUGGGAAUUCUCCAUAUAUUUUGGCAUCUGCUCUGUUUUGAAAAUAUAGGCAAUCUUCCCUUAUUUAUUGUAUCAGUUCUCCCAACUGAAUUUUUUCCAGGCAUAUCUGGGUGGUGCUAUGUGAUAUACUAUCAUGUUAAUGUAAUAUUAAGAAUUAUAAAUCAAAAUAUGACUUGGUCCAUGACAUACACAGAAACUUGUAUUUACUCAGAUCACCAAAUACACUAUGUUAUAUCAGUCGCCUAACAGUGUCUCUUUCAUUAGCUUAGUUGCACUUUGUAGAAAUAAAAAAAUAAAGCAUUAAAUAACAUGAAACUGUUA